GCGUAGGUCAAGAGAACCUUCCUUUCUGCCGGGAGAGAGAGAGAGAGAGAGAGAGAGAGAGAGUCGGAAGGGGAAUUCUAGAGAGAGAACGAACGAUUGUGUGCGCGUGCGAGAGUGCGAAAUUUGAUGCGAUCGAUCCACGACGAUGUCAAAGAUGAAGCACCUGUUGCGAAAGCUUCAUAUCGGUGGUAGUUGCAACGAUAACAACCAUCGACUGGCCGCUGCCGACACGUCAUCACGGCCUCCGGCAACGACGACGCUUCACUCAUCAUCACCCUCAUCUUCUUCUCCAUCUAUCUUACCGAUAAUCGAUGGAACCGCAGCCGUUUUAUCUUCUGCCGUUGAGAACGUCAGUGACAACUCAAACUCAUCCACCGUUGAUUCUAAUUUCUUCGAAGAAGAAUUUCAGAUGCAGCUUGCUCUUGCGAUUAGUGUCUCAUCGGGAUCGGCCCAGACGGGUCAACCCGACGCCGAAACCGCACAAAUUAAGGCCGCUAAGCAAAGAAGUCUGGGCUGUUCGCCUUCGGAGUCGUUCGUUGAAUAUCUUUCACUCCGAUAUUGGAGCAAUAAUGUUGUAAAUUAUGAUGAGAAAGUGAUGGAUGGGUUUUAUGAUGUAUAUGGGAUUACUUCAAAUUCAAUCACUCAAGGGAAGAUGCCAUUGUUGGUGGAUCUUCAAGCAAUAGCUGUUUCAGAUAACGUUGACUAUGAAGUAAUUUUAGUUAACCGAGUGGUUGAUAAGGAGUUGCGGUACCUUGAGGAAAGAGUUUCUAAUAUAUCACUGGAAUUCCAGGCUGCUGGGACAAGGCAGGUUAUGAGUAGGUUAAUUCAGAGGACUGCUAAUAUUGUUGUUGAUCAAAUGGGUGGUCCUGUUAGUGAUGCAGAUGAAAUGUUGAGAAGGUGGACUCUCAGAAGUUACGAGUUGCGGAAUUCCAUGAACACUAUCAUUCUUCCUCUUGGUUGUCUUGAUGUUGGACUUUCCCGCCACAGGGCCUUGCUCUUUAAGGUACUCGCUGAUAAGAUCAACCUUCCAUGUAGCCUGGUCAAAGGGAGCUACUAUACUGGCACUGAUGAUGGGGCUGUGAACUUGAUCAAGAUUGAUGAUGGAAGUGAAUACAUAAUUGAUCUCAUGGGUGCUCCAGGCACCCUAAUCCCUGCUGAGGUGCAAAGCUGUAAUCUUCCCAGUUUUGGACUAGAUAUGAGGAGUAUUGCCAGAGGUGCUGAGAGUUUUGAGCAUCAAUCUCCGCUGAUUGAAGUAGACACGGAUUUAGUGUCUGCACCUCAACCUGGCAACGUUGCCAAAAUUGGGACUCCAAGUCCUGAAGUGGUUCCUGUUGCAAGCUUACGAUCGAAAGCUCAGGAUGGAAAGGUGCGGAAGAGAAAUCAAACUAAGAGGUUUGAGUAUGAUUUUGGCGAGCUUCUUCCAUCCCUUGGCAGGUCACAUGAAGGUCCAUCAGGUGCUGGUGGGAAAACAUCCCCGGCGCAGAAGUUGCAGAUUAAAGAUGUGUCUAACUGUGUCAUAAGUGCUGCAAAAAACCCAGAAUUUGCUCAAAAGCUCCAUGCACUUCUGUUAAACAGUGGCGGAACAUCAUCUGUGUCACAUUUAAAUGUAAAUAACCAGGAAGGAGAAGGACAAGUAUGUGAAACAAUUCAUUUGUUAGAUGCCGACAUGUUGAAUGUUGGCUCUCAGCAUGUUCCAGCUUUAAUCAUGCCUUAUAACGAGGAGCGUCUUCCACCUCUUACUGGAGUUGAGGCUAGCAAUGUUCAUUAUGAAAACCCAAAUACUAUAAUGUCUGGGUCACAAGCAGAACAAGAAAUAAGAUCCAGUAAAAACAAUCUUGGAUACAGUUUACUUUCUGAAUCUACAAGUGAGAGCCAUAGUUUUAUACUUGUUCAUGAUGGUACUAGUGAGGAGGUUCUGAUUGAUAACUCGGUUGUGAAGCCACUGGAAAGGAAAGAUGGAGAAGGCGUUGUUUAUGAACCGUGUGCAAUAAAUAAAGCGGGAAAGGUUGAUAAAGAUAAUGAUGAAAUUGAAAUGUUAGAUAUGAAAUUGACGGAGGCAUCCACUAUAUGCCAUCCUACAGCUUAUAGAACUCACAAGGAGGGGAUUAGCCUAACUGCGGUUGAGUGGGAAAUUCGGUGGGAGAAUCUUCAGAUUGGAGAACGCAUUGGUAUAGGUUCUUAUGGCGAGGUUUAUCGUUCAGAAUGGAACGGAACUGAUGUGGCUGUGAAGAAGUUUAUGAACCAAGAUAUCUCAGGCGAUGCACUAACUCAGUUUAAAGGCGAAGUUGAGAUCAUGUUGAGGUUGAGACAUCCUAAUGUUGUUCUUUUCAUGGGAGCAGUCACUCGUCCACCAAAUCUUUCCAUACUGACGGAAUUUCUACCAAGGGGUAGCUUAUAUAAGCUGUUGCACCGUCCAAAGGUCCAACUUGAUGAAAAGAGGCGAAUGCGUAUGGCUCUUGAUGUGGCCAAGGGAAUGAAUUAUUUGCACACUAGCAAUCCGAUUAUUGUGCAUCGGGAUUUGAAGACUCCAAAUCUUCUUGUUGAUAAAAAUUGGGUUGUUAAGGUAUGUGAUUUUGGGAUGUCUCGCAUGAAGCACCACACUUUUUUGUCUUCAAAAUCUGCUGCUGGAACUCCUGAGUGGAUGGCACCAGAAGUAUUGAGGAAUGAACCAUCUAAUGAGAAGUGCGAUGUAUAUAGCUUUGGUGUGAUUUUAUGGGAAUUAGCAACUUUGCGUAUACCCUGGACAGAGAUGAAUUCAAUGCAGGUUGUUGGUGCUGUUGGUUUUCAAUACAGACACCUUGACAUUCCAGAAACUGUUGAUCCUGCGGUUUCAAGAAUCAUAACUGAUUGUUGGCAUCCCGAGCCACAGUCCCGACCAUCAUUCAGAGAGAUCAUUGCCCGACUCAAAACUCUUGGGCGUCUUUCAGUGGAACGGGUAGAAACUUGUAUAAACCAACAAUAGAAAAAGGGAUAUGGAGAGGGUGUUGUAUGUAUCUAUAGGCAGGGAGGAGAUAAAGCUUGUUUCAAAAGGUCACAAAAGCGUGGUGGAUUGGGAAGUGUUGGUCGACGCCCAAAGUCGGGGGAAGAAGCACAGCCAAACCAGAUGGAUGCAGUUUGUGACUACCAACUAUGUUCGUUGAUAUAAUAAUAUUAUUGUCUAUAAAUUGUUAACAAAGAAAGAAAAAGAAAAGUAGGGUUUUUGGUGGGGAGGUCAUAAAAGGGAGCAUUUGCAUUGCAGCUUCCAAAUUGUAAAACACUUUGUGGUCUGUCUCUACUUUUAUUCAUUUUCUACAACUUGCAAACACAUCCACAGAUAUCAAAUGUAAUUUGAUUGCUGAAAAAGGUAUUUGUGAUUCUUGUG